AUGACUCAAACAUUAAGCGGUAAACUAGCUAAUAGUCAGAGGAAGUUGGUAGCCCUUUCACUUUCAGGGGAAAAUUUGGAAUCAGUGAAUCCUUUGAUCUCCCAAAUCAACAACGGACCUUUAGACAGUUUCCAUGAUAAGAUAGCAUCAUUGGCUAUUAGAACUGGAAAUGGGCUUCUACUUGAAGGGGGAAAAGAAGCCAAACGAUCCAAUGCUAUCUUGCACAAGUUUAAUGAUCUUUUAAAAGCUUCUGGAGCUGGAAACAUUGUUUUGAUUUCAUCUGUUGCAGGUCUUGUUCACGUUUCUGUUGGGUCUGUUUAUAGUGUCACCAAAGGUAUGGUUUGUUUGGCUCCAUAUUUUAUAUCUGAUUUCAUCUGGAAACAGCUAGCUGUUGUAUCUAUUCAGACUAGGCUUAGAGCAAUGGUUCCAAGAGAUGAGUUCAGAAAAAGAAGAAACAAGGCUGCAACUAUAGUUCAGGUACUAUGGAUGAAUUAUGUUUGUAAAGUAUUUAAGAAAAUGAUUAGAAACAAGGGUGAAUUUGUACAGAUUAGUUAG